CAUCUUUGCUUACAGUGUCAGGGAGGGGAGCUGUGCUUGCUGUCCCGUCAAUCGCGCCUGCAGGGUGCUCUUAGAUGAGGUCUGCGUCUGUAAGGGGCUUGGUGCUAGGCAAAUUGAAAGUACGCGACUGCAUUUCGGCGUUCUUAGUCGAUCAGUAACAACUCACUGUUAGAUCUUUUAGGGUUCUUUUGCUGGUAACAAGGUGCGCGGGGCGUUAGUGCGACCUUGUCGUAUGAUGAGAUUAGAGUAGCUAAUUACUUUAAUUAGUCAGUGGCGCUACACCUCACACGAUCCAUCGAUUAAUCUUCACCGUCAUUGGCCAUGCAUCAUCUCGAGCAGGCGCUAACACGUAAGAAAAGCAGCGGUAGCUGGCUAUCGCUCCUUAAAGACGGUCGCAAGGGAGGUAAUUCCAAGUCCACGUCAGCAGCAGCAGCCGAACCCUCCCCCGCUACAACCGAAACCCACCAUGCCGUUCCAGCAGGAGAGGAGAUCCCAGAGGAGGCUCGGAACAAGCCUAGCCGAACAACCAGCGGAGGCUCGUUAUUGGACUGGAAAGGGAAGGCGAAGAAGGAAAAGCCUAGGAGCUAUGGUUUGGGGAAGAGCGAUUCGGCUGGUCCUGCAGUAACUAUCGAGGUUACUACGACCAGGGCCGAUGACGACUCCCUUCCUCUUUCCUCUCCUUCCUCCACUGCUGUCUCCUCCUUCCCUUCCUCCUCCACCUCUGUCUCCUCCUUCCCUUCCUCCUCCUCCCUAUCCUCCUCCUCUCGUUCCACCUCUGCUCGCUCCUCUAUGGACCGUUCCGUUAACGGCAGCCCCGCUAUAGACCGCUCCGUUAGAGACGACGAUACGCCUCUCGCUCUGCAAACGGCUGACUCGCUGCGCAUCCACAGAAAGGCCAAGGAAGCUUCUUCGAAGCAGCUCGACGGCAUCUCGUUAGUCCCGCAGCUGAAGCUUCGGAUAGAGCCGCCAGUGCCGGGCCUCGAAGGGUCUGACCGAACCUCGGGCGCGAGCAGCCGAACCUGCAGCAGCGGAAGCGAGGGUGGGAGCACGACCGCCAGCAGCGGCCGGCACGGGACGAAUGUCGCAACAAGCGCGAGCGGCACCAGCAGCAGCAGCAGGAGCAGCACCGGCGGUGGCAACCGAGACAGGGAGAGACACAGGGAGGGAGACAGGCCGCUAAGGGUGGUGUCGCUGCUGGGUGCGGCGACGGAGGUGGUGGCGACGCUGGGGCUGCAGCAUCUGCUGGUGGGGCGGUCGCACGAGUGCAAGUUCCCGCCGUCCGUGCUGGCUCUGCCGUGCGUCACGGCGCCCGCCCUGGGUCCGGAACAGGUGCUGCAGAGCUGCGGCACGGGGCAUGACAGGCUUUCGGAGCGCGUGCGCAAGGGUCUGUCGCGGUACCACGUGGACGUGGAGGCAAUAAAGCGGCUGCAGCCGGAUGUGAUUAUAACGCAGGACGCGUGCGACGUGUGCCUCGUGACUCUAUCGGACCUCGAAGCCGCCUGCAACGACUACUUCCGCCAGCGGGACGACGCGGGGAGCGCGUGCCACGUGGUCUCGCUCAAGCCAAUCACAGUCUCGGACGUGUGGGAUAACAUGGUGCAGAUAGCCGCGGCGGUCGGGCACAGGGAGAAGGGGUGCGUGCUCGUGCAAACACUCAAGGCGCGCUGGUCGCUCGUGCGCCGGCAGGUUCCGCUCCGUGGGUCCGCACCCCGCCUGCGCGUGGUGUGCCUGCAGUGGCUGCACCCGCUCAUGGGCGCGGGGUUCUGGGUUCCGGAGAUCGUCGCGUGCGCGGGGGGGAAGAGCCUUUCCGGGAAGCCUGGGGAACGCACGGCCAUGCUAUCUUUGGAAACCUUGCUAUCUUUGGACCCUGACGUCAUCAUCGCCAUGUGCUGCGGGCUGUCUAUGGAAGCGGUUUUAAGAAAGUUUCUUAACUCGGAUGAUCUACCCCAGUGGAACCGGCUAAGAGCCGUGCAGACGGACGCCGUCUUCGUGGCUGACGGCGACCGUUACUUUAACAACUCCGGGCCGACUAUAGUGGAAUCGGCGGAAAUAAUGGUGGAGAUUCUCCACGCGCGCCGGUUCCCACACCACAGAACCGCAUCAAACCGCGCUGUUGCCGCUGGCUCUGCUGACGGUGGUGCUGCUGACGCCUCCCCUUCGUCCAACCGCCUGUUAGGCCGGGGACACGUGGCAGCAGGCGCGGAUUUCCCGGAGAUCGAGAUUAAGUACGAGGGGAGGGCGUACGCGCAGUUAACGGGUGGGUGCGUGGGCGCGUGGCGCGCGCUGCUGGGGGACGGCGGAGGGGCUGACCGCGCGGGGGGGGACUGGGGGAAGCUGGACGCGGGGAAGGGGGCGGAUGGGAGAAGUGCUAGCGGCGGGGAAGCGGGGGGAGGGAGCGGGGGGGAGGGUGAGGGGUGGUUCGCGCAAUUGGCGUCGGAAGCAGCGGCCAAGGGAGCGAGGGAGGCCGCUAGGGAGGCUGCAUUGGUGGCGAAAGCGGCAGGGAAGCAGCAGUUGGGGCAGGAGCAGCAGAGUAACAAGGCGGAGAUUGGGGGCAACGAGGCAAUUGCCCCCCUUCGCCCUCCUCCUGGGUACACGGGGAAUGUUACAAGUAAAAGCAGCACCAGCGCCACUGCCGCCGCUGCUGCUACCUCCCCUGCUAGCCAAACGGGCAGCAUGAGUGAGUCGUCCGCCACUUCUGCCCCCAAGCCCUUGGCCCCCCUGCCGUCUCCGCCCGGGCGCAGCUCCAGGCGGCAGCUGUGGGGGCUGAAGAGGGGGACGGAGCGGAAGGAAGGCGCGGAUGCGGAGGCGAAGGGGGAGGAGGAGGAGAUGGUUGAGCAGCAGAGAAUGAGAGAGGAGGAAGAGAGGGUGGAGCGGGAAAAGAGUGAGCAGGAUCGGAUACAGCAGCAGUUUCUGACACAGUUAAAGCUCGAGGAGGGGUUGCAACUGCUGGCUAUGCAACCGGGGGCGGCACAACUGCCGCCGGAGCAGCAGCAGCAGCAGCAGCAGCAGCAGCAGCAGCUAGGGGAGGUGGAGGAGGAGCAGGAAACACUACCCACCUCGCCGUCCGCCUCUCCCCCUCCCCCCGCCAUCUCCCUGUCAGGCGCGGCGCUCAAAGCCGCGCAGCUCCGCGCGCUCUUCCUCGCAACCAUAGAGGACUCUCUCCCCGCGGAUUGCCUCCUCCUGUCGGGCGGCCUCGCGUCCACCAUAAUCGCGCACGCCGCCACGUCUUUAAUCUGGCCGGGGAGCAUCGGCGCCGCGAUCACGGUCCUAGCGAGUCCUAGAGCAGCGGAUAGGGCGCCUGCGGCGGCGGCUGCGCGCGGGUGCCAGCUGGGCGGGGGGAUGGGCGGAGGGGGGAGCGGCGGGCACGUGUUUGUGGGGGGCGGGCCGGGGUUUCAGCCAGAGCAUCUGCUGGAGACGGAGUUGCGGUUUGUGGUGCGCGUAUUGAAGAGCUUCGACCCCGCUGAGAUCCGCAUGGGAGUGGUGCUGGCAGCAGGAUUAAGGGAGGCCAAGCGGCAGGGCUUUUGCUCGGUGAUGGUGGGGGACGGCGCGGACGAGCUGUUCACCGCUUUCGACUUCAUGGUGCGGAUGAGCGACGCCAAGCUGCAGGAGUGCCGCCAGCACAUGGUGGACGUGCUGCGCUUCCCCUGCAGGGACCUGGCGCAGGCUCUUGGCCUGGAGGUGCGGCAGCCGUUCCUGCACCCGGCCCUGCAGGAGUUCGCUCUGGGCCUCACCAAAGACGAGCUCCUAGGGGAGGGGCGCAGCGAGGAGUGGUGUGACUACAACGAGGGCAACCUGCUGCUGAGAAUGGCGUUCCCUGAAGUGGUGUCGGCCCGGCGACCGAAAGACCCUAUUGAGGUGGGGGCGGGCACGGUGGCUUUGACGAGGCACUUUGCGCGGAGGAUGGGGCGGGAGGAGUUUCAGGCGGAGAGGCAGAGGGUGAAGCGGGAGGAUCAGGUUCGGAUCAGGGACCCCGAGCACCUGCACUACUACCGAGCCUUCCGCCAGGUUUUCGGCGGCCCUCUCCUCCCCGGGGUGCAGCGCUGGCAGCCCAAUGCGUGCUCGGCCUGCGGCUUCCCGCCUCUCUUCCCGGACCAGCUCCUCUGUGCCACCUGUGGGGAGUGCUCCACCCGCAAACCCUCCUCCCGCCGCCGCUCCAACACCGGCAGCAACACUGCUGCCGGCGCAGCCUCUGCUGGUGCUGGUGCUGCUGGUACUGCUGGGGAGAUUGGGUCAGGUGGAGAUGGGUUCGGAGGGGUCGGAGUGGGCGGAAUGGAAGGGCCUCAUGUGAGGGUGCAGCUUGGUGGAAUCAGCAGCGGGCGGUCGAGGCUGUCUGAUGUGCCCCGCAGCCCCCGCCGCCCGUCCACUCCCCCUCGAGGCUCCUCCUCCCCGUCCCCUAGCAGCAGCAGCAGUGGGAGGAAGCAAAGGGGUUGCUGGGGGAGCGCAGCAGGGGGGGGAGGGGCAGUGGGUGGGCGAGAGGCGUUUGGUGCAUCAGAGAGGGACGGGUGUGGGAUGCAAGGGGAGAGGUUUGGGGAAGGGGGGGAGUGGGGGGGAGAGCAGGUGGUAGUGGUGGAGGUGGCAGAGGAGGUGUGUGUGGCGAUGUCGGUGGUGGACCAGGCGCUGGCUGGAGUGGCGUCUCCUGAUAGGACCCUGGCUGCGAAACACACAGAAGGAACCAGCAGCAGCAGCAGCAGUGGCGGCGGCAGCAACAGCAGCAGCAGGAAUUGCACCAGCAGCAGCAGUGGCGGCGACAGUGGCAAUGGCGGCAACAGCAACUCCAGCAGCAGUGCACAUCCCAUGAGCAAAAUCCACUCGCUGCUCUUCUCGACCUACUCUCAUCCGCCCAAUGCCCCCUCCCUUCACCACUCAGACUCGCUCCUGUCUCUUGUGGCGUGCGUGGAUGGGGGGCUGAGCGUGUGGGGCGACAUCAUUGGCAGCAGCCAGUGCAGCGAAGAGCCGGAGGGCGACAGUGACGAUAACGGGCGGGAUAAUAACGAGGAAAAGGAGCGAUGCUGCAGUGAGGGCGGGGAGAGGAGAGACAACAGGCGAGGGGGGAGGGGAAGGCGGGCAGGAGAGCGAGGGGUGGUUACUGCAGGAGGGUCGAUGGACGGUUCAGAUCGCGAGGACGUGGAUGCGAUCACCGAAGGCACGGAGAUGUGGAGUGUGACGGAUGCGACAACGGAUGUGGCGGGGUUCAGUGAGAGUGAGGAGUGGGGCGAUGGAGAGGACAGGGACGGCGCGCAUGAGGGGCUCAGCAGCAGCGGCAGCUUCUCCGACUGCGCGAGUAGCUUUUCCGGGAGGGACGGGGGGGCGGAGGCGCAAGGGGUGGGGAUGGGGGGCGCAGGGGGAGGAGGGGAGAAGUAUUUUGUGCUGGGUGGUGAUGAGUGGGCCGAUGGGGGCCAGGGGAGUGGGAGGUUUUUGACCAAGGGAGCAGAAGCGGCUCCUAAGUACAGGAUGCUUGUUGCGGAAUCAGCAGCCAAGCCAUCCUUCCAGCACCACCAGCUCUCCAAUGCCUCGUCGAGGUUUUACUGACCAUCAAAACAAGCUCACUCCCCUUUCAAUUUACCAGCAUGUAGUAUGACCACUUGUCACACCAUCGUAUAUCACCACUGUAGUAGUGCUGGCGUAGUGGCAUCUAGAAAAUAUGGGUUUGAAUGGCUACGUUAGUUGAUUCAUAGUGUAUGGGUAAUAAAUUGCUAGGGUGGUGUAUAUCUUAUGUGACUGCGGUAAGUGACAGGUUUGAGGAGUGCAUCGCUCUCCGUGCUGUCUAAAUGUUGUUGUGAAAUCGGACG